AUGGGUGAUCUGUAUAAGCUCAUAGCGAAUAUGCAGAAGACCUCUGAGAUCGCUCAAAAGAAUCACGAUGAGAGCAUAAAGGAGUUGAAGAAUCAAAAUAGAAUGUUGGAAAACCAAGUUGCUCAACUCGCUGAUACUUUGUCAAAAAGGCAACCGGGCAAACUUCCAGGGCAAUCUACUUCUUCUCAAGAUCACACUAGAGAGAGUGCUUGUGCUAUUUUUCUUCGGAGUGGUACUACAUAUGAUGCCCCCUCGGUGUCUACACCUACUGAUUUUGAGGAUCUCGAAAAGGGGAGAGAGGAGGCUAGAAGAAAGAAGGAAGAAGUCAAGGAGAAGGUUAUUGAUGAUUCUCACCCUUUUGUUCCUCGAUUGCCAUUUCCUCAUCGACAAAAUAAGUCAAAGGGUGAUCAUCAGUCUAGUGAAGAGGCGUAUGUUGAAAGAAAGAUUGUGGAUGUAGAGGUCGAAACCCCGGGUGUUGAGGAUGAAAUAGAGGAGAAGGAGAGCGACAAGGAGAAGGUUACUGAUUCUCCCCCUUUUGCACCCACACUACCAUUUCCUCACCGAAUGCAGAAAACAAAGGUUGAUCAGCAAUUCGGUAAGUUCUUGGCUAUGGCCAAGAAUCUUGAGGUAACGAUUCCUUUCACUGAUUUAAUAUCUCAGAUUCCUAUGUAUGCAAAAUAUUUAAAGGAAUUAAUCACUAAGAAAAGGGAUCUUGGUGGUGUAGAGAGAGUGGCUAUAACUGAGGAGUGUGCUAGUGUGUCUGUCAUUCGCUUCUCUAUUUAUAAAAAUUUGAACAUGGGAGAAUUAAAAUGUACCACCAUUACUCUUCAAAUGGCCGACCAUUCUAUUAAAUACCCCUUAGGUGUUUUAGAAGACGUCCCCGUGAGAGUAGGUAAAUUCUAUAUUCCUGUAGACUUUGUUGUGCUUGACAUAGUAGAGGACACCCAGAUUCCAAUAAUCUUAGGAAGACCAUUCCUUCAUAAUGCGGGGGCAGUUAUUGAUGUUAAGAAAGGGAAGCUAACCUUGACUGUAGGGGAUGACAAGGUGGCCUUUAACCUGUCUCAUGUGAUGAAAAGUCCAAUGCAAGAAGUGUCUUGUUCUUUGAAUACCUCUUUUGCUAAGUUGCCUCAUUCCAGUUCUAGAAAUCUUUCAAAUAAUGCACUUGGCUUGAAAGGGUUUGCAGGUGAUGAUGAUCUUGGAGAUGCAGUUGAUGCUAGUCCAAAAGUUGGAACAAGAGGUUCGAUACUCAAUGGCACCGGGUUUGGUGCCCCUGAUCGGUGA